AAGUUUUUCUUGUACGUAAAUUAUUUUUGUUUUUAAUUUAUUUGUUCAGCUAGGGAAUACCAUGAAAUUGUGUACUGUAAUGAAAUUUCGAACGUGAUGUGAUACGAAAGCCUGGUGACAUUGGUGUGACCUUGCAAAGUUCUGUAGAUGCCAGGUACUGUGGAAAGAAAAGCACUGUUUUAGUCGAACGGCAGUGAUGUCCACUCCAUUGGAUUAUGGAUUUAUGGAAAUGAGUUCUAUGAGCGAGCUGGUUGUACAAAAGCCCCGACAUAAGAUACAGCAGGAAGUUCCCUUGGAUGCUGACGGAAAAUACAUAGCCAGUACUAUCAAGUUGAACAACAACAAGUUCGUAACCAUGGACGGACUCAUGGAAGCGUUACCCAAAAUCAUAUCAAUGCCGGAUUCCAUAACAUGGAUUGACCUUUCCUUUAACAAGCUGACUCGAGUUGAACCUGUUUUGGUACAGCUAAAAAAUCUGCAUAUACUAUACCUUCAUGGGAACGCUAUCGCUGAUUUUCCCCAUUUGGAAAUUCUGAAUCGCGCGACACUACUGAAGACACUAACAUUGCAUGGAAAUCCGGUAGACCGAACAUCAGGCUACCGCUUCAUUGUUUUAUCCUGGCUGCGGCAGCUGAAGAACAUGGAUUUCAGCGCCGUAACAGAAUUUGACCGAAUGCAAGCAGAGCUGUGGGGACGACGGUGGUCGGUGCAGAAAAACAAGAUGCACGGAAAAGGAUAUUAACGGCAACAAGCAUCAACACUGCCAAAGGAAACGAUGAAAACCGCCAAACGAGUUAGCCAACAAUCAACUAGUUACUAGUCAAAAGAUCAAAAUUUACUUGUAAUACAAAUACAACAGCUUAAAUUAUCACGGAAACGGGUAUAAAAACUGGUCAAAGCUCCAAAAUUCAAGCCACUGGAAAUUGGACGAUAAGAUCUUCCGUGUGAUUCACCGCGAAGUGCUGGAAAGCUUCAUCCAUGCUUCUCGAAAGAUUGUUGAUCUGCAAAACCGCAAUUAAAGAGUGCGCACGAAACGGUAGUUGUCUACUUGUGAAGUAUUACUACGCCCAUUACGGCAAAUGCUCGCUGUCGGAAAGAAAUCAUUACAUUUCAAAAAUUGUCUAAUUCCUACUCUACUUCAUGAUCACCAUCGCAUAAUUAAG